UGGCCUAGAAUUUUCACAGCCCCGGUUGUCGGACAAGAUGGCCUUUUUCUCUUUGUGAUUUUAAUCUAUAUCGUGCUGAGUCUCUGUGUAUGCAGCUACAACAAAGAAUCGAACAAGAAGAACGACGAUGCAGAUCACGUUGCAUCAAAUACGGUCGAGGAAACCAAUCACAGGGGACGUGCCCUAGUUGUAGUAUCCGCUGCUGAAGUGAUGCAGGGAGCAGAACACAAACAAGGUCUUCUCCAGAAGACAGCGCUUCCCGCUCCCGUUGCAUCCGAUAAACACUGCAAUAACGACGUUGGUGGCACGUCAACAAUUCGGACCGCAAAG